AUGUGCUGUUGCUUUCUCUUUGGCAAGUCUGCCAAGCCUCCACCGGCCAAGAAGAAGAAGAAAACUGUGACUCCAGCCUCACAGGACUCUCAGUCUGUUGCCAAUCGUCUGGUGUAUCUGACGGGCAUCCCAGAGGACGCCUCUGAACAGGAGGUCACCGAUUUGGUCGGGGCCUUUGGAAAGAUCAAUAAUGUCAUCCUCAUGCCGUGUUCAGAGGAGAGCGAGAAGGGCCAAGGACAGAAGGCCUCUGUAUGUAUGGUGAAGGCUGAAGACGCCCAGGCUCUGGCCACCUCCACAAACCUCUCCAUCAGAGAGCAGCACAUCACAGCUUCAGUAGCUAAGAACCCUGAAGGAGAACAGUCUGCUGAUGCUAACAGCAAACCGUCCGUAGAACAGAACAAAGAUGCAGCUGGAACGGACACAGCUGCAGAAGGCAACACUGACCAGAAGACGUCUAGUGAGAAAGGCAGGCUGCUGAUCACAGGACUUCCUGAGAGCGGCUGGUCCGAAUGUGACAUCAUUAACUUGAUCCAGCCCUUUGGGACUCCCUCUGACAUCAUCCUGGCAACACAAAUGGGAAAGGCACUUGUGUCAGUGCCAGACAUGGACGUUGUUCAGGAGAUGGUAAAGGUCCACACGUUUGUGCCUGCCAAGGUGAAAGACUGUGAGGUUAAACUGACCGCCCUGAAACAACACAUCAGCUUCAACACACCGGUGGCGCUCUACAAUCUUCUGAUGGGACCAGUGGAUCCAUUAAGUCGAGCUCCAGUCGCCUGGAACAGCCUGCUGGUUAUUGGGAAUGUUCCCGACACACCAAGCGGGUCCUCUGAAGUCGAGAAAUUGGUGCGACGCUUUGGAACAGUCAUCAAGACCCUCGUGCUCAGCAGCAUGGUGAUUUGUGAGAUGGCCACUGCAGCCAUGGCCCUGUCCGUGUACAAGCGCUUUCAGGCGUUUCCGUGUAUAAUCCAGAACAACCCGCUGUUCUUCUCCCGCAAGCCUGACCCCAAAGCCAGCAUGCAGACCAAAGCCAUCACUGCCCCUCACGAUUCACCUGAGGAUACACCUGCGAAUGGCCAAGCAAAGCAGACGUCUGCAGACAGAGAGGAAGCAGCACACCAAGCCAGUUCAGAGUCUCCCGAGGAGAGGAUUGAAAAACACUGUGAUGGAGAUGCUAAUAAGAUGACGGGCAGGGAGGAAACAGCUGAAGAGGUUUUAGAAGCGUGCAAAGACGGUAACGUGGAAAAAGACGAGCUCACGGUUUGUGACUCUGCACCGGAGAAUCAAUUAGAAGCAGACACAACGGGAACGUCAGGCAUUGACAUCAAGACGACAGAGGAGAGUAAAGUCAGUGCAUCUGAAGCAGAACGUGAACAAACUCCUGCAGAAGAGCCACAGCCACCUCGCCUGGAUGGCAAAGCAGAUUCUGAGGAAGCAGCCGAGCUGCCCAAGGUAACUCAAGCCAUGGUUAAUGCGCUGCUUGUGGAAUGCAGAACAGGACCCACCGGCCACUCCAGCAGCAGAGCAGCACCCCCCAGUGGAGAAAAGGGGGAAAACCAGACAGAGACUAAGCUGGGCCAAAAAACAACAGAGACUAAAGAGAUGACCAAAAAACAGAUGGGUGUGGAAGGUGAGGUAAAAAGGCAGGAGAAGGAGAAAAAGGACGCAAGAAAGGAGAAGGAGGUGAGGGAGAGAAUGAAGAGGCAGCGGGAGAGGGACAGAAGGGGCUGGGAGAAGGAGGAGAGAGCUAAGAGGGAGUGGACUGAAAAAUCCAGGAGGGAGAGGAGGGAGGAGGAACGAAGGGAGUGGGAGAGGAAGGAAAGGGAAAGAAGGGAGAGGAAGAGGGCCCACGGCAACGGUUUAUCGGGGUCGAGGUUGUCCUCCAGGUCGGAGGGAUCCAGGCAAAGCUACGGGAGGGAUGAGCGCCACAGUAUGGAGGCUGAAACCAAAGCGGAGGAGGAGCUGGAUGAGUUCCCAUUCGACAUGAGUGACUUUGUCACAGUGGACGAAGUCGGAGAUGUGGCCGAGCUUCCACUCGAAAGAUCAGAAGAAGGGGAGACCCCGCCCACAUGUGUCCCACAGGACACUCCACAGGACGCAGCCAUUGAUGUCACAGCAGCUCCAGCGAAGUGUGAGCUCACACCUGAGGGGGAUGUAACAGCUGAUCUGCUUCCCAGUGCUGCUGUGUCCCCACCGCCAGCUUCACAAGCCAAGCCUGCACACAGCCCAGUGCAUAAACCAUCCGAGGCUGACAUCACACCUCAGCCAGAUACCUCAUUAACUGCUGAGUUCGCCCCAGAGGACCAAAGUGUUCCCAUCCCUGUCCCUGCAGCAGCUUCCUCCUUAGCAGCAGAAAGAAGCCAAGAUGGCGAUGAGGAGAAUCCUCUGAAACCUCGUGAGUCUGUUGAAGAAGAGAAGAUGGGAUUGGUCAAACAGGAGGAACACUUGAAGGUGCAGGAUCAGGAGAACAAGGACAGGAGAGAGACAGCUGCAGAAACUGGGAAACAGGAGCAAUCUGAAAGAAACCCCAAUGCUGAAGAGGAGAGCGAGAAGCCCAAAUUAGAAAUGGAAAUUCCCAGAAAAACCGAACAUUCCCUCCCUCCUUUUGACCCCAGCAACCCAGUUGGUAUGGAGUUCCUGGUCCCAAAGACGGGUUUUUUCUGUAAGGUGUGCGCUCGGUUCUUCAGCGGCUCCAAGGAGGCUGAAAUCAGCCACUGCAAAACCCGCAAACACUACGAGACCCUGCAGAAAUACUUGAAGACGUCCAAAACAACGAGUGAGACUGCCAAGCCCGACUCCAGCUGAAUGUGCUCCUGAUACUUUGGGUCCAGAUUCUCAUGUCGAUGUAGAUUUAGUUUGUGUCACAUUUUAAACUUGAACUGUUAAGUUUUUUUUGUAAUGUUUGAGGUUUCAUUGAUCACUUUAACUACUCGAGCUAAUUCUAAAGACAGUGGCUGUUUGCUUCACGGCGGUCGCCACAUCCAAAUCUGAUGUUUAUUUUGGUUCUUGAUGGGUGGGGGAUGCUGAAUUUUGAUUGCAUCUGAUAGAUAACAUUAAUGAUGGAAACUGUGCGGCUGAAGAUGAACUCCAUCAGGAAUCGUACACAAUCAAAAUGUUUUUAGUGAACUGUUGUUUUCCUCCUGAGUCUCAUUUCAGUUGUGAAAUAAAGAUAUCAAUAUUCUGA